AUGAGUUUGCCAAAGAUUACCUCAAUUUCUAUCCCUUCUGUGGGAUUUGGUACUGGUACCAAAUGGUUCAAGUUUGGAAGGGAUGAUCUGGACGAAAACCUUGUCUCCAAUCUCAAGCUUGCUAUCUCCAAAGGCUUGACCCACAUCGACGGUGCCGAGGUCUACAAUACAGAUCUGGAAACCGGUAAGGCCAUUGAAGGUCUAGACCGUUCCAAAUUGUGGAUCACAGACAAAUACUUUGCUGGUGACGAAACCUACACCGCUCACUCUACAUAUGCCAAUCCAUACGAGUCUUUGAAAGGCUCCUUGAAGAAACUGGGCACCUCCUAUGUGGAUUUGUAUCUUUUGCAUGCUCCUUUCAUCAAAAAGGAGUCGCAUGGUUUCGACUUGAAGGAGGCGUGGCAAUUCCUUGAGAAGGCCAAGGAUGAAGGACUUGCGAAGCACAUUGGAGUUUCGAACUUCGAAGUUUCUCACCUGAAGACAAUCCUAGAAGGUGCCAAGCACAAGGUUGAGGUUCACCAGAUCGAGUUCAACCCAUUUUUGCAAAAUCAGACUCCAGGUGUUGUUGAGUUCUCACAGAAAGAAGGCAUCGUCGUGGAGGCUUACUCCCCAUUGGGUCCGCUUUAUAAAGGUGAUGCUUCCAAUCCUGCUUACAAGCCAUUCGAUGCCUACCUUGGCGAGCUCUCUGCCAAAUACGGAAGAUCGAAGACCCAGAUUCUGCUCAAGUGGACCCAGCAGAGGGACAUUGUGCCUGUCACCACCAGUUCAAGACCAGAGCGUUUGGACGAGUUCCUGAAGCUUUCUGAGUUUGAAUUGACUUCUGAAGAGGUGACCAAGAUUAAGGAUCUUGGUUUGGCUUACUCUCCCCCCUUAAGACAAUACUGGAACCCAGAGUUCGGCAAGUAUGACUAA